AUGAAGGCAGGACCACUACUCAUCACAUGGCACAAUGAAAGCCAGCCUAUCUACUCUGUUCACUUUGACCCUCAUGGCAAAGGAAGACUAGCAACUGCUGGAAAUGACAAUAACGUGCGACUGUGGAGCAUUGAAGCUCAGGGCGAAGAGAGGAAAGUCACAUAUUUAUCGACCUUGACAAGACAUACACAACCAGUCAAUGUCGUCCGGUUUUGUCCCAAAGCAGGCGAAAUGCUAGCUUCGGCUGGUGACGAUGGCAACGUCCUACUCUGGGUUCGCUCCGACUCUUCAAUGGCUGCAUGGACCGAAGAUAAUGCAGAUGACAAGGAGACCUGGAGGAUCAAACACAUGUGUCGAACACCCAGUGGAGCCGAAAUUUAUGAUCUAGCCUGGUCUCCCGAUGGCCAGUACUUUAUCACAGGAGGGGUUGACAACACUGCGAGAAUAUUCAACGCACAUACCGGUGCGAUGAUUCGCCAAAUUGCAGAACACAGCCAUUUUGUCCAAGGUGUUGCUUGGGACCCUCUCAACGAAUUUGUUGCAACUCAGUCCUCUGACCGCUCGGUUCAUAUAUAUGCCCUGAAGUUGAAAGAUGGCACACCGACCUUAUCAACCCAUGGCAAGUUCAACAAAAUGGACUUGCCUGGACGCCGUAUUUCUUCCAACAGCCCUGCUCCCACGGAGAUGGCUCACCGUGCCUCAAAUGCUAGUCAAAACAAUUUAGCCAUCGCUUCCCCAGCACCCUCCAAUCCUGGAACGCCUCUCACCACUCCUCUACCAAUGGAUCCUCCUGUCAUUGCAUCAAGUAGACGAUCCUCCUUUGGCUCAUCUCCGUCAUUUCGACGCUCGGCCUCUCCCGCCCCAUCUCUCCCCUUGCCUGCAGUCCGACCUGAAAUCUCCUCUCCCAGUCUGAACGCCGCCAUGGGGCUGGCCGUGAGGAACACCAACCUAUAUCACAAUGAAACCAUGACAUCUUUCUUCCGGCGGUUGACCUUCUCUCCUGAUGGUAGCUUGCUCUUUACCCCAGCUGGCCACUACAAGACGAACUUUCCCAUGGGCUCUGAUCCCUCCAAAAUCAGCGAGGAGGUAUCAAACACUGUCUAUAUCUAUACUCGAGCUGGCUUUAACAAGCCGCCGGUGGCACAUCUACCUGGGCACAAGAAACCCUCAGUUGCCGUCAGAUGCUCGCCCAUCCUAUACACAUUGCGAUCAACAGGCAAGCCUACUAAUCAUAUUACUAUCGACACGUCUUCUGGCUCGGAAGAAAUCCCACUACUACCAGAUCCCAUAGUUCCACAAACUUCUUCGACCUUCAUGGAACCCCCGCCUCUAAUGGCUGCAACUUCAAUUCCUGAGUCAAUGUCAGCACCUUCUCCAAAACCCAGCAUUGAUGGUGAACCUCCCAGUCCUGGUCCCACUCCAGCAUUUUCGUUGCCAUAUCGCAUGGUAUAUGCAGUAGCCACCCAGGACGCUGUCUUUGUGUAUGAUACGCAACAGACAACUCCACUCUGUGUGGUCAGCAACCUCCAUUAUGCAACCUUUUCUGAUCUUACCUGGUCAAACGACGGUCUCACUCUUUUGAUGUCCUCGACGGAUGGGUAUUGCUCAACCCUGGCAUUUACCCCUGGCGAGCUUGGUCAGACCUACACAGGACCACAUCCUACUUACAAUCACCCUGUUGUUCCCAUAUCUAUAGCACUCCCGACCGCAUCUGCUAGUACAACUCCUGUCCCAACACCCACUGCGACUGCAUCUCCUUCGCUUACCAAGGCUUCUCCAGUCGUCGUUCCGCCAUCACACCCUUCCCCUGCGCCAUUCACAUUUCGACAAGGCAGUCCCACCCGAUCCAACUCGCAAUCAUCAAUAGCAACGAUGUCAUCGCUGCAGACCACUAACCUUCAGAAUAAUCCCACUCCAACCAUGGGUCACGUUCCCCUUGUCACUGCAACCAAUUCAGGGGCACCAAUUGCCAUUCCACCCAUGUCGACACCACCUCAAACACCAGCAAGCACUCAUGGCGGUCAUCACUCAGCAACAAGUUCUGUCAGUGGAAGUGUUUUGGGCAAACGGGACGUUGGAGCAGCAAGUGAGAGUGAAAAAGAGGAAGGAAAAGCGAAACGAAGGAGAAUUGCUCCCACAUUAGUGGGACCUGCAGGGUCCAGUGAGCCCUCAAGGGAGGAAGGAAAGAGUCAGCCUUGA